CGUACUUCCUGUUCUGUCACGAAGACUUCCGAGUUGAGAACCGUUCGGAAAGAUGGCGCUCGCCAGUUUUUUGCCAGCUCCCACGCAGCUGUCACAAGAUCAGCUGGAAGCUGAAGAGAAGAUAAGAGCUCAGAAAUCUCGACAGACAGCGUUGGUAGCAUCACGGCGUGAACCACCUCUUUAUGGGCAUAGGAGUGGCUGGGUGGCCAGGUCACUUGAGGACUUUGGCGAUGGAGGUGCCUUCCCUGAAAUUCAUGUUGCGCAGUACCCUCUUGACAUGGGGCGGAAGAAGCGAGUAUCUAAUUCCUUGGCGGUGCAGGUGGAUGCAGAGGGCAAGAUUAAAUACGAUGCUAUUGCACGACAAGGGCAGUCAAAAGAUAAGGUUAUAUUUAGCAAAUACACUGACCUAAUACCAAAGGAGGUGUUGGAUGAGGAAGACCCUGACCUACAAAGACCUGACGAGGAGGCUGUUAAAGAGUUGACAGAAAAGACCAGGCAAGCUCUGGAGAAAGCUGUAUCACAGAAGAUAGCUGCGGCCAUGCCUGUCCGUGCAGCAGAUAAACUGGGACCCGCACAGUACAUCAGGUACACUCCAUCUCAACAAGGUGUCGCUUUUAACUCCGGUGCCAAGCAGAGGGUCAUUCGAAUGGUGGAGAUGCAGAAAGAUCCCAUGGAGCCCCCACGUUUCAAAAUAAACAAAAAGAUUCCACGAGGCCCCCCAUCCCCUCCUGCCCCUGUUAUGCAUUCUCCUAGCAGAAAGAUGACAGUUAAGGAGCAGCAAGAAUGGAAAAUUCCCCCGUGCAUCUCCAAUUGGAAAAACGCAAAGGGUUACACUAUACCGCUGGACAAGAGGUUGGCUGCUGACGGCCGAGGACUACAGACUGUUCAUAUUAAUGAGAACUUUGCCAAAUUGGCUGAAGCUUUGUAUAUUGCUGACAGAAAGGCUCGUGAGGCUGUGGAGAUGAGAGCCCAGGUGGAGAGAAAGAUGGCACAAAAAGAGAAAGAGAAGAAAGAAGAGAGGCUGCGUGAGCUAGCCCAGAUUGCAAGAGAACGCAGAGCUGGCAUCAAGUCCCAUGCAGACAUAGAUGACGAAGCACGAGAGAGAGACGACAUCAGAAAUGAAAGACGUAAAGAACGCCAGCAUGACCGCAACUUGUCACGAGCUGCUCCUGGCAAGAGGUCUAAGAUCCAGAGGAAUGAAGAAAGAGACAUAAGUGAACAAAUUGCUCUUGGAAACCCCAACCAGCGAACGUCUAACGAGGUUCAGUACGACCAGCGACUUUUCAACCAAAGUAGGGGUAUGGAUAGUGGCUUUGCUGGUGGAGAAGACGAGGUAUAUAACGUGUACGAUCAACCAUGGAGAAGCAGCAAGGAAAUGGCACAGAAUAUUUAUCGCCCCAGCAAGAAUGUAGAUAAGGACAUGUAUGGUGAUGACCUUGACACAUUGAUGAAAACCAACAGAUUUGUUCCGGACAAAGAAUUUUCAGGCACAGACCGGAGGCAGCGACGAGAGGGACCCGUUCAGUUUGAAGAGGAUCCUUUUGGUCUUGACAAGUUCUUAGAGGAGGCAAAGCAGCACGGAGGGUCCAAACGUCCAUCAGACAGUGGCCGGGCCAAGGAGUAUGAUCACGAAGGGAAGAAGCGCAGAAAAGAAUAAGGAUUUUCUUCACUACUUCCCUGUACACUAGUGUUUUAUUAAAGUGGCUUUGUGUGAGGAAAGAUUUCCUUGGUUGUGUAAAUAUCCUGUAUGUGGGACAGUCAGGCUCCUUUUGUUUAGGACUAUUUUUGUAAAUGUGUAAGUAUUUGGAGAUUAAAGAGCAGAAAUGUGGAUAUCGUAUGGAUAAGUUCUUUAGCAAUGAUAUAAAAUCCAAUGCAGCACUCGUGGGACACGUAAGAUUAAAAAACUUCAAAUUUUAUUUAAGGAUCAUUAAAAAAAGUGAGGCAUAGAUCAGGGAAUUAACCCCUUAUGCGUUUCGUGCUGCCACUGGGCACUUAGUCAUAGGGAACGAUAUAAAAUCCUCUUUCCUUUAAUUGUAACUUUUGUAUAAAAAGAUAGUAAGAGUUAUGUACCUCUAUUCCAGAUAAUAGCAAGAAUUUUAAAGAAAACAGGUCAAAUUUUCCUGUUAAUGUGAUUGUAAAUCCUAACAUUUGUGAAACGCUAGGAUUUACUAUUGGAACAAAUAAAGGGGACUUUCAGUCAUGUUGGAAGUGUUCGCCGCACUGAGCUGCUCAGGCAGCCCACAGCAGAACGCUUCCAACAAAUAAAAGGAGCUUUCAGCAUGAAGUAUUUUAUAUUUCAUGACUGAAAGUCCCCUUUAUUUGUUACAAUUGUAAAUCCUAGCGUUUCACAAAAGCUAGGAUUUACAAUCUUUAAUUUUGUGACUAAGUUGAUUUGGAGGUUAAUUUCCUCUGACUGUUACAGAAAAAAGUGCCCACAGUGAUUUACUGUACAUAUUUGCUGUGUUUUCAUUUAAACAGGGACUGUAGGGUUUUAUUUAUAUUACUGCAAAUAAGACCAAAAAUGAACUUUGUAUUUGACAAUUUCUAAGGCUAUUUAUUUGCCAGAACUAAGAAAAAAUAGCAAGUUACACAAUAUAGAAAGUCAGGCCGGGGGUGUAGUAGAAAAAUGCAAUUGUAUUGUGUACAGAGGGAUACAUGUAUGUAAAUGGCUAUAUUAGCACUCCUAGGGUGAUCUAGGAAUUUUAACUUUUUAAUAUUUUCAAAGAAAAGGGUUUCCUUAAAAACAAAAGCAGUUUCUUUAUCAGACUAUUUUAGUGCAGUAUUGGACUCACACUAUCAAUCUGAAAUCUUGUUCAUCUCCCAUCCCUCUGGAAAUGAGGACAACUUAUAUUUUGUAUGUAGUUUUAUUUAACAUUUUUAUGACCUCUGUACAAUAAAACAUUCUGAUCUUCAGCUGUUACUGGAACCUGA